GCACACUGCACAGCUGCCGCUUUUCCGUGUUCUGCUGUUGUCGGAGGCGGAGAGCUGGAAAGUUCGUCCAGUUUGAAUACAGUUGUUCAACAAGGUGGACAGCUAGUUGCUUUGUAAUUGCCGGGAUGAAUAUGCUCUCCAGGAAAACUAUAAAAAAUGCUCCAUCUGGCAUUUGGAUGCAGUCUCUCGUGGCUUUGAUGGUAUUCUGUCUGUGCCAUUUGGCAUCUGGAUACUCUGAAAGAGACAGAGCACAUGAUUUGAUGUCCAGAUAUCCUCUCAUUGAUGGUCAUAAUGACCUAGCUCUCCAGCUGAGGAUCCUUCACAACAAUCGCCUGAGUCAGAUUGAUCUUCAUAAUGUCAGCAAAGUGGCCACUGACAUCUCCCGUCUGCAAGCAGGCCAUGUGCAGGCGCAGAUGUUUGCUGUCUAUGUGCUGUGUGGAGCCCAGCAGAAGGAUGCUGUGAGGCUGACUCUGGAACAAAUUGAUGUGGUCAGACGUAUGUGCACUGAGUACCAGGACUUUGAGCUGGUUACAUCUGCCCAAGAGCUGAAGAAUUCUGAGAUGAGGCAUAAGAUAGCCUGUCUAAUCAGUGUCGAGGGAGGCCACUCUAUUGACAGCAGCCUCCCAACCUUGCGGAUGUUGUACCAGCUUGGGGUCCGCUCCAUGGCUCUGACACAUACCUGCAAUACACCCUGGGCCGAAUCAUCCUCAAAACUUUACAAUGUCUUUCAAAGACAGAAUAACAGCCUGACAGAGUUUGGGAAGGCUGUGGUGGACGAGAUGAACAGACUGGGGAUGAUCGUGGACGUCUCCCACGCUUCUUGGGACACAGCCUUGGCCGUGCUGAAGCAUUCCAAGGCUUCGGUUAUUUUUAGUCAUUCAUCCUCCUACUCGAUCUGUAACCACAGCCGCAACGUACCUGACUGGCUGCUGCACGAGCUGAAAAAGAAUCGAGGGUUGAUCAUGGUGAAUCUGCACAGCAACUUCAUUUCCUGCAGAGAUGAGGCCAACAUCUCUCGUGUGGCUGAUCAUUUUGAUUACAUUAAGAAGAUGAUUGGAGCUGAGUCAAUAGGAAUUGGAGCGGACUUUGAAGGCGCUGUGGGCUUUCCAAAGGGGUUAGAGGAUGUGUCCAAGUAUCCCGCCCUGAUCCAGGAACUGCUGCAAAGAAACUGGACUGAGAAUGAGUUGGCUGAUGUCCUCCGAAGGAACUUCCUGCGAGUGUUCGAAGAGGUCGAGAAGGUCCGUGAUCAGUUAAGCUCAAAACGACCCAGUGAGAUCCAGAUCCCCUUGGAGGAAGUGCAAAACCCCUGCAGACUGGUUCUCAGACCUCCUGGCGUGAGAGUGCUGCCCUCUGACCAGAAUUCCUCCUCUGCAGCAGCAGAACAUGGGUCGCUAGGUCUCCUAAUCUUGGUCGCAGUUCAGCUGCUUUCGAUCUUGUUUGUUACUGAAUGAAGAUUUGAAAUCUC